AUGAUUCUGGACGUGGUAUUGCUUUUCAUUUUUGCAGCAUGCACGGAGUUUGAGUUUGCCUGUAACAACAAGCAGUGUAUUCCGUCCUAUCAGCGCUGCGAUAACUUCUCUCAGUGUUUGGACGGAAGUGACGAAAUGAAUUGUGAGUGUCCAGUGAACAGGGUCAAGUGCCCGGGAGAAGCCAAGUGUAUCAUGAAAGACUGGCUAUGUGACAGCUACAGGGACUGUAAUAACGGCUGGGACGAGGAAAACUGUCCGCGCUGUUCCACGUCGGAGUUCGAGUGUGGAGACAAGAGUUGUAUCCCUGCCUCCCAGAGAUGUGACGGUACGAGCCAGUGCCCCGGGGGAGCGGAUGAGCAGCGUUGUGUGCGCCGAGCGUCCGCCAACAACGUCAUUGAGGUGUACCGUGACGGCGAUUGGUACCCUAUAUGUGCAUCAGGCUGGACAAGUCAACUGACCAGUGACCUGUGUGACAUGCUUGGCGAGGGUGAUUUGGAGCAGGAUCAGCGUCCCACUGUGAAUUCUGCGUCAUACCUCAGCGUUGGACGAGUCACGGGAUCUCUUCUUGGAGCUCUCUCCAUGAGCUCUCAAUGUUCCAAUAACCGCGUGGUAGGAGCUGUAUGCAAGCCAAAGACCUGCGGACGUCCCACCAUCGGUCAGCUGGCCCCGAUGAUCAUCCACGGGGACGAUGCCCCGGACGGACGGUGGCCGUGGAUGGUGUCCUUGCUGGCCAAUGACGUGCAUAAGUGUGGGGCCACGCUCAUCAACAGGCAGUGGGUGGUCACGGCGGCACAUUGUGUCUGGGAUUUCGCAAGCAACUUGUAUCGUCUGAAAAUUGUCCUGGGCACCACGCGGCCUGGGGAACAGUCAUCGUCCAAAGUUCAAAUGAGGGUGAGGACAGCGGUCAUCCACCCCGACUACGACACCAGGAACCCUUACAAAGGAAACGACAUCGCUCUGCUGCAGUUAUUCGAACCUGUCAACUACACAGCGUACAUCCAGCCAAUAUGUCUGCCCAAAUCUCGCGAGAGCGGGGCUACGUAUCCCGUGACGUCACGGUGCUACACGACCGGCUGGGGUUUUACUGAUAGUGACCUGCAGACGGAGCCAGUGGUCUUGCAAGAGGCGAAGAUGAAGGUGUGGACGCCCGCUGUGUGUAAUAGUAGCAGUGGACACAACGGGAUUAUCCGAGAUUCCAUGGUCUGUGCCGGAUACUACUCCGGAUACAUAUCCGUUUGUCAGAAAGACAGCGGAGGACCCUUGGUAUGCAGAGACGAGUUUGACAGAUGGAAGUUGAUCGGUGUCACUAGUUUUGUAGCUCAAGGCUGUGACGUCCCCAGGAACCCCGGGAUAUUCACCAAGGUGGCCGAUUUCGUCGACUGGAUGCAUCCGUAUAUAUCCCCCAACUGUGGUCCCAGUCAGUUCCAGUGUCCAGUGUCAGGUCAGUUGCAGUGUCUUGACCUUGACCGACGCUGUGACAUUCUCCAUGACUGCGACGACUACAGCGACGAGCUAGGCUGCGUCUGUGAACCUAACGAGUUUUCCUGCCCCAAUGACGGUUUGUGCUGGCCGUCUCUGUACAAAUGUAACGGGAGUCCGGAAUGCGUGGACGGCUGGGACGAAAGUCCGGAAGCCGGAUGCAUCUGUGAGUUCCAGUGCGGGAAUGGCAAGUGUAUCAAGAACACCAGUCGCUGUGAUAACCUGGGUGAUUGUACUGAUUACACCGACGAGCUGGGGUGUGAAUGUUUCACCGAUGAGAUCCAGUGUCCAAACACCGGUCUCUGUAUACCGCCCUCGCUCCGGUGUGACGGCUAUAACGACUGUGGUGACAACUGGGACGAGACAGGGUGCGACCUCUGCCGGAACAACAAUGGCGGCUGUAGCCACUUCUGCGCAACUGUGAACGAUACCAAGGUUUGCUCCUGUCCUGCGGGAUAUAAUCUGCUACCAGAUGGCGUUACUUGUGCAGUGUCCUGUCCGUCCGACCACUCCCAGUGUUCAGACGGCAGCUGCAUCCGGGUAUCUCAGAUUUGUGAUGGUUCUAAUGAUUGCUUCGAUGGCCAAGACGAGAGCAACUGUGACCCAUGUCGGGAAAACAACGGCAACUGUAGUCACACGUGUGUAGCUUUGAAUGUCACCCACAGACAAUGUCUCUGCCCGCGUGGUUAUAGUACCUUGCCGGACGAAAGGACGUGUGCGAAGGAGUGCGAAAGAGGUGAAUUCAGGUGCGACGAUGGCAGAUGUCGUAUUGUUGACUUCUGGUGUAAUGGCUACCACGAGUGCCCGGACAGCAGCGAUGAAAAACCCGGAUGUGAGUGUCGUCCAGACCAGUUUCGGUGCAGUAACGGCCAGUGUAUUAUGCAGCACAAGGUGUGUGACAGGAUAUUUGACUGUCCGGGCGGAGAAGACGAACCAGCAAACUGCACUUUCUGUGAUAAUCAGUGGGGAUUCAAGUGUAAACCGUCCGGCGUGUGUCUCAGCGUUUACAGAACUUGCGACUUCAGGAACGACUGUGAGGAUUUCUCAGACGAAGCCAACUGCACGUGUGGCCCCGGGACCUUUGCCUGUAGCAGCGGACAUUGUGUUAGGAACACGUCAUUCUGUGAUGGCCAGCCUGACUGCCCGGAUGCUAGUGAUGAACCUAUCCACUGUGCCGCAGCUUGCAGUCCAGAUUUAUUCCGCUGCCACAAUGGAGAGAAGUGUGUGCCUCAGAACAAGCUUUGUGACGGCCAAAACGACUGCAAUGACUACUCCGAUGAGACUGUUUGUAACUGUACCACAGGUCAGUUUAAGUGUGCCACUGGACAGUGUAUAUCCCUGGCACUAACGUGUAACGGCUUUGACAACUGCGGAGACCAAAGUGACGAGAAACAAUGUAGUUGCCAAUCUGAUCAGUUUCGCUGCACAAAUGGGAUCUGCCUGUCACGUGACAAGUUGUGUAAUGGCUUCGACGAGUGUACGGACAAUUCGGACGAACAAAGAUGUCCUUGUCGUACCGGGGAGUACAGGUGCGCAGACGGUUCCUGUAUUAUGAACGAGUGGCUGUGUGACGGCAAGGACGACUGCCCUGGAGGACAGGACGAACUAGGAUGCUAUGCGUGUAAUCCGGGGGAGUUCUCGUGCUCUAACAGGGUAUGUGUCUCUGGCACCCUGCAGUGUAACGGGGUUGACGACUGUGGUGACAUGUCUGACGAGGACGGCUGUGCACGUAUUUCUUCCAAUGACCUUGAACUGAUGAAGAACGCGUCUUGGUACCCGGUCUGUGCUGCCACCUGGAACACGACCUGGAGUGACACUGUUUGUCGCCAAAAUGGCUUCAAGUCAGUGAACACGUCUACGGCCACCACAGUAAGCGGGGCGACCUCAUUUUACCAUGUACAAGGCUUGGAUAACAAUAUGGUUUUCCAGGGAGAUGUGAGUGCCACGUGCCCAAACAACAGCGCGGUGUCUCUGACAUGCGUAGAAAAAGAUUGCGGUGAGCGAGUAAGGUCAUCACUGUCGACGUUCGUGGUUGGAGGAAAUUACGUCCAGGAUGGCACGUGGCCUUGGAUGGCAGCCAUUCACUAUCUAGGCUAUCAUCACUGCGGGGCUGCUAUCAUAAGUAACCAAUGGCUGCUGUCGGCUGCCCAUUGUUUUGACUUGUUGAAGCACAAGGCGCCUUACAAGUUUGAAAUCAUCAUCGGAACCGUCAACCGUCUUCAGCCGGGGGCGGGGGCAAUCCGCGUGCGUCCAGAACGCAUCAUCGUCCACCCCGAGGGAAAAUUCGAUACUCAGUUCAAUUCUAAUUACUCUUAUGACAUUGCCCUUGUGAAGCUUCCCUAUCCGCUUAACUUCACGGAUAACAUCCGGGCUGGAUGCGUACCGGAUGCAGCUUAUACGCCACUGCCCAAACACUGUUUCAUUGCCGGAUGGGGGAAUACGGAUGCUGACCACAAUUCUUACCCGCAAGCCGUACUAAAAGAGGCGAAGAUGACACCAGUCACGGAAGCCACGUGCAAAGCCUCCAAUUUGAAUCUUCUCAGGAAUUACGACUUUGACCGUGUGUUCUGCGCCGGAUACGGAAAUGGCUAUAUUAUGGGAUGUGGGGGUGAUAGCGGCAGUCCUUUGAUGUGCCAGGACAAGUUUGGCAGGUGGAACAUUCAAGGUGUUCUCAGUUUUGGGGGUUCCGGCUGCAACCGAGACGGGAACUUUCUCUACAAUGUUUUCUCCAGGGUGACCCAUUUCACGGACUGGAUCAACGGGGUUAUAGGAUCUGAAUAAAACUAACUUCAUGCAAGGCAGUGACAGACACUUACAGUGGUAUUUAAAGAAGAUGCUCCCAAAAUGUCACCAAGCGGAAGAUUGUUGAAGAAUUCUGUUAGGAAUAUUUAUCUAUUGUCAAGUGUCAUGGGCGGGCACUGAUUUUUAUUUAUUUAUUUUAUUUAUUUAUUUAUUUUUGUUUUGUUUUUUGGGAUGCUUUAAGGUUAUGAUCACUGCUGUAUCAACUGCUAUUCAGCACUGAAUAUUGUCGGAAAUUCCGUACAAAGGACGAAAAGAAAAAUGAUAUGUUAUUUUGAAUUUUAUUUUAUAUUGAUGUACGCAAAUGGCACUUGGUAUUUUUUUUUUAUAAAACUGAGCUCAAGUCUAAUCGGUGCUGCCUCAUAAAAACAUCCAAAUAUGGAAAUAGUGUUUAUAAGUAAUCGCUUCAGCAUAAUCAUCAAUGAGAUUUACGAAAAUUUCUUUUAACUUACUAACAUCAAUGAAGCACUUCACGUGUGUUUCACAAAUUUGCAUAAUGAUUUAUUAUUACAUGCCUAGCAUCUUAAAAGUUAAUGUUGUUAAAAUAUGUUGUAAAAGUAAACAGGUUACUUAAUGAUUUUAGAAUUAAUGAUAGCCAGCACUGUGGCUUUAGUAGGUAUAGGAAUAUUUAAGAGUACAUGGUAUUUUAUUGCACUUAAAGGGUGUGCACGAAUGUAACCAUUUAAACACCAAACCAAAUGCAUUUUUCACAUUUCUAUGUUUUAUAUUGAAAUUCAUAUUAGGACGCGUUUAGUUUUACCAACACUUUCACUUGUAUUUGUUUGCCGUCGUCCGAAAUAUCUCUACAUAUAUCUCUAGCAUAUAUCGUUAUAAUUUACUUUAGUUUUUAUAUGUCCAUGUUAUGCUUUAAUGUUUUAUGGGAACAAGGGAUUUUUUUGUUUAUUAUGUAUCUUCUUUACCUAUAUAUUUAUAUACACACACAUAUAUACAUAUGGGAUAAUGUUUUAUGAAGUCUGUAACAUAUGUAUUUACAUGAAUUUUAUUACUUUGCACUUUCAUAUAUUUUACUACAUUUGACAUGUAUAAUGUAAGUAACAUUUCACUAUUUAAAAAACAGCCUGAAAAAGCAAAACGUUUAUCACACCAAGAUGUUGACAUCCAGCGUAUGGCGCUAUAUAUACCCGUCCAACGUGAUGGUGUGGGGUGAUGCCUAUCCACUCGAACAGCUGAAUGAAUAUAGUAUUCAAUAUUCAUUUGUUAUCCAGAUGUUAUAUAUAUAUAUAACACGUGACAGUCGUGAUAGAUAUCACGUUAUUUACAUACCUGUAACACAUAACAUAUCAAAUAUGUUAUAUGUUACGCGUAUAUAACAUACAGUGUAUCACAACUGUUAUAUACAAACCACAUGACAUAUAUCAAAAUAUCAUACCACUGCAUGUAAAGUGGUUAAUCUAGACAUUCUGUACAUUCCACCCUGUUUUUAUUUUUUUUUAAAGAAACAGGGAAUAUCCAUUCAUGCUAAGUUGGUUGUGAUUUAAAGAUUUGUCAAUAUAUUCGAGUAGUGGUCAGUAUAGAUAAGUUCGCUGUUAUUCUUAUGGUCACUUAACCGUGGUCUAAUAACAGAAAAGCAAAUGACUGCAUGUUCGGUUAAAUACAUUAAGGCUAUUUUUAUUUGUAUUUCAAACAAUGGACUCAAACCCACUUACUAGUGUUUCGUGUGCAUGCGAAUAUUAUCACGAACAGCUUUAUUAUAAAACAUAUGAAAAAUUACAACGUCCGACAUCAAUAGCAAUUUGCUCAAAUCAAAAACAUUUUAUGACAAGAUUUAUAGAUUGUUUAUGUUGUUACGUCACUUAGAAAUUUUUAUAUUAUCAAAACUGGAAUUAGACAUAGCCUACAUGUAUGCGCAUCAUAAUGGAAUUGGCAUUAUUUUAAUCAUGUAGAGUUCGCAUAUAAUUUAUGUAUCUCAGUUAAUAAAUAUGUCUCUCUGCAUCUCUGA